AGCAGAGAUUGAGACAGAGACCAACAGGGGAUGGCACAAGGUGGAAUCUACAGGAGGUGCGAAGAACCCGAGAACGUGGAAAUCAACGAGAAAAUGGAAAGCUUCUCAUCAAGAAAAGCAGGUGAUUACCAGCUGCAGAAUGGGCUCAGGAAUCAUCACCACUCUGAUUAAAAACCUGACUUUUGGGGGAAAGGGAUUGAUUUGUUGGAGAUAGAGAGGAAGUGACUGCCAGCCUCUAUAGCAGUGGUGGCGAACCUAUGGCACGCAUGCCAGAGUGGGCACUCAGAGCCCUCUCUGUGGGCACGCGCACCAUCACCCCAGCAGGGUCGUUGCUGGGGGCUGGCAAAGUGGGCAGCCGCUCCCCCCCCCAUGUCGCUGCAGGUGGGAAAUGCUCCCUAGAGUGCCCGCCACCCGCAGCAGCGUCCGGGAGAGUUGCACACACACACCGACGCUGCUGUGAGCGGGAAACGCUCCCUAGAGUGUGUGCCACCCACAGUGGCAUUGGGGGGAGUUGCAUGUCCAUCAACCAGCUCCCCCCCCCACACCACAAUUUAAAAUAGAUGGGCCAAGCAGGUAAGAGGCAGAUAGUUAUUUAUGUUGUUAGCUGUUAUGAAGAUGGUAAGCAGAAGGUGGAUGCACACACGAAAUAAAGCCAGCCAGGUACUACUAGUUCCCAAGCAAGUUCAGCCUCCCAAAUCAGUAUCAGUACUCUAGCCAACCAGCUCCAAAAAUUUAGAAUUAUAGUUUUCUCUUGCAGGAUAAAUUAUUCAGAUUUUAUCUUGGUUGUGGUCAGUGCUUCUCUGCAAGAAGACCAUUGCAAGAAAUCUGUUUUGAGAGGGGCAGUAGUUACACCUUUACUGAAGAAGCCUCCUCUCAGCUUGGUGAUUUUGGGAAUUACAGACCAGUUUCAAAUCCAACAGUUUUGGCUAAAAUGGUUGAGCGAGCAAUGAUUCCAUCUCCAUGACUUAGGGUUGACUUAGGGCUCACCUGCUUGACCCACCACUUUCCCCAGGGGGGAACCCACUGUUUACCUCUGGAUCAGAGCAAAGUCAAGUGGGUUUUCUGUGGAAUGAUGUUUAUCCUGAUUUAGAGAUGAAUAACGGGUUGCAAAGGCAAAACCUCCUGGACCUGUGCUUUUCUUUCUCCAGGUGACCAAUGUGGUCUGACGUGUACCUUCUUUCAGCUGAUAUUAUCCUUUAAUAUAGGCGUAGCCAACAUGGUAAUAUUUCUGGGUUAGCGGAGUCUGUAACCUGAAGCGUAUGUAACCUGAAGCGUAUGUAGCCCGAGGUACCACUGUAUAAGCGUCCAAAUAGCCACUUGCAAGCUGCCCAUGCUGUGAGAGUGGGCAUUCAUGGCCUGAGAAAUCCUCAGCUAAACAGGAGUGCAGUCUGUGGGGUGGCAGCAAGCCUGUGCCCCCAGGCAUGGAUUUCUGAGGGGGCACGAAGCAGGCGCCCCUGGCAGGUGUCUCCAGCUCAGUCUGGCCCGGUUCUUCUCUCCUGGCAUUGGAGGAAGCAACACUCAUGGAGAGGAGCACCCAAAAUGCCAUGUCAACUGGUUGAGCUCUCCCCUGCACAGGCGGGCAGGUGGUGCAGAAUGGCCAUGCUUGACUCCAUGGAGAGGUGGGGUCACUCCAGUGGUGUCGGCAGUGAAGGUUGGGGUGCCACUGGGGGAUCCUUCCAUGCUCUGCCCCCGACGUGCCCACCCACCUCUGGUGCAUGCACCCACUCCCUGGCAUGCAUGUAAAUCCCUCUGGAGGGCAUGCACCUGUCAAGGGCACCUGGAGCUCGUACUACGUAGCUGCAGCUAAAACAACCAGUUCUGCAAAGUGCUUUACAAACCUUAAUUCUAUCUUCUCCAUGUUGGCCUAGUUCUCCCUGUGGUGGUAAACUUGUGCAUCUUCAGACUGCAGAAGGGAUUCAUGUGGCCCAUUUCUAGUAUCCUUCUUUUAAAGGAUCUGUUUGCAGGUGAUGGGGAAAACAACCUCUGCCAGGACCCAGGAAUGCUCCUGGGUGCUAGAUGAUGCUGGACUAGACCUCAAGGCUGUUUCCUGUUUUCCUCUGCCCACAGCAGUAUCUUGUGAUUGCAGCUGAUUGGCACUUCCUUGCGCAAUGGCUCACAGAGGCAGAGGCCUGGCUAUUGCAUGAGCCAGUCGCUGGGUGCACAGCUGGCUUCCUGCUCUUCCCUUCCCUUUGCGGUUUUGCUCCUAGAGAGAGAGUUUCAUGUUGUGGGGGGAAACAGCUGCUUCCUGAUUUCAACAGCUUGGGGGAAAGGGCCAGAGGACAGGCAGAAGGAAGCUCUUUGACUGGAAUCAACAAUAUUUAGCAGGGUGCUGAGUGUGGUGCACACUGGGAAUUGAAGUUUGACGAAGGUGCUGAGAAUGAUCUAUUUUUUUAAAAAAUAUUUUAUUAAGGAUUUUCUUGUUUUACAGAAGUGUAGUGCCUCGUAUUUUUUUUCCCAUGUAACAUUUUUACAAAUCCGUUUCAUUUGUUGAGGCAUUAGGGGGAGAAGAAAAAAGAAAAAGAAAAAAGAAAGGGGGGGUGGAGAGAGGGAAGAUGGAUGGGGGGUAUGUAGAGUUUGGUGUCAGCGUUGCUUGUGUUGUUCACUUGUGUUCCUUUGGUGGUGAGAGAGGUUGGACCCUUGCCCCAUCCUACUCACCCCAUCUUCAAACUGAAGAUCUCCAGACUUUUUUUCUGGGGAGAGGGACUUUAACUGUGCAUGUAGUGUAUAUUUAAAGCACAUUCUUUCCCUCAAAGAAUUCUGGGCACUGCCAUUUCUUAAGGGUUGCUGGGAAUUGUAACUCUGUUUGGGGGUAAACUACAGUACCCAGAAUUCUUUGAGGGAAAGAAUGUGCUACAGAUAUGAUUUGAAGGUAUAGUCUGUACACAGCUUCAUUACAGGUAUAAUGUGCACACAGCCUGACAGUCUAUUCAUUUAAGAUAUUUAUAUGCUGCCCAAUAUUGUAGGUUCUCUGAGUAGUCUACUGUAUCCCAAAGAGCCUGACCCCAGCGUGAGGCAGCUUCCCUUGACCUUAUAUUCACAGCAGCAUCUUGUACUUGAAGCAAGAUGGCUAUUUGUGGCUCAGUGAAACCAGAUGCGUAUAACUGGUUUAGUACUAACUUGUGCUUUUCAAAAACCAAGAACUUAUCUGCCCCCCCCCCCCGCCUCCCGGUUAGGCAUGUAGAGUUAGGCCUUGUGUGCACCUGCAUCUUCUGUGGCUCAGAAAUACUGUUUACAAGGAAGUUAGAAGGAGCUAGGUUGAAGCGCUGCGGAAGUACAAAUGAAAGAACUGUAAUCCGACAGUGAAAUGGUACAUUUCUGUUGCUCUUGUUUCAUAUUUGACCAGCAGCACUGUGGGCUGUAAACAUAUUGCUCAAAGAUUAGCGGCCAUUGCCAAUGUUUCCCCACCUCAGAAGUUUGAAAGAGAUAAUCAGUGUGAAAUGGAACAUAGCAUAACUAAAUCUGUCGGACUAAGCAGUGCCUUUUUAGAAAAGUCAGAAUGCCCGUCUUCCAGAAGUGAAGUACCUUACCAUAGAAGUUACUCCUGGAGAGAAUUUGCUGUUUGAAAAGAUGCAUGAAGUGUCCCCAAGGAAAGUAUUAGGACUUGUGAGGGAUGGACAGGGACACCGUUGAAUUUCUCACAGGACUUCCAGGAAAAUAUAAGGGACUUUCAUUCAUCAUUCAGAGUGUUGGGCCACACAAAAUGCAAUAAACUUUGGAUUCACAUAAACAGCCUGUGACUGUGUGACUAUUUAGGAGCAUUUGCUAUCACCUUGUGUUUCCAAUACCUUUUGUCCUUGCCUGAAUAUUUUAUCACUGCUUUCUCAGUCAGGUGGUGGUGCCAUUUUGUCCCUUGCCUCAGGCAGCAAACUGCCUAGGACCAGCCCUGCCUAGCUCCACCCUUAUGAAUUUUCACUUCCUACCACUGCAAAUAAUUCACACGAUGUGUUUUUGCUGUCCACAGGUGGUUUCCUGCUGCAACAUUGCAGGUGUGGUUCAAACGAAACAUCCAUAUCCGUCCUUUUCAUUGUGACUGCUGCCUCAUUUCUGCUGUGGACCAUAAUCUCUGCUGUUUUGAUUUCAAAAAGUAUGAAUUCUGCAGUCAAUGGCUGCUUUGUUUAUGUGAAGUCUGAAAGACAUGCCGGGCCGAGGGUUGGGGGGGGGGAGAGGGUUGCAGGGAGAGCACAGAGAGCAGUAGUGGGAUAAACUAGAGUUUGCAACAGUGGUUCCCAAACUCUCCCCCUGGUCACAGGUCACUUGAAGAUUGUCGGAGUUCUUGGUGGACCACUAGAUGAUUGUUCCACCUUUUGUGGCCAUUGUAACACACAGUACUAGAUGCUGUAUGAUUUUUAAUUGUAUUUUACUAUAUUACAGAUUGAAUUCCAGAGAAUUCAAAUUGUAAGUGUUCUUCACAGACAUGCCACAGACCACCUGAAUUAAGCAUAUGGACCUCAGUUGGCCUGCGGGCCACAGUUAGAAAGCCCUUGCCCGGGAGCACUUUUAAAAUCGUUGAAUUUAUCUCCUGAUUGUCAAAAUAUGUUUGGGUUACUAUUUAGAACCAGACUCUCCCUUGAAUUUUACUUUCAAAAUAUUCCCAAAUCAUGGAAACCAAACCCCUAAAUUAUAGUGUUUCAGUAAUGCUUGUUAAAGCGAGAUGAGCGCCGCAACCCCAGAGUCGUUCGCGACUGGACUUAACUGUCAGGGGUCCCUUUACCUUUAAUGUUUGUUAGAACAUUGUAGAAACAUUGCAAUUUUAAAAAAUGCUUACUUUUUAAAUCCUUGACUGAAAACUGAUGAUCAGUUUGAUGUAAGGGAAAGCUGCUUAUGCACUGAUAUGCCCAAAACAUCCUGAAGCAUGCAUAGGAGAUAUUGCUCUUCAGAGGUCCAGGAAGCAGGACUUUUAUAAGGCAAAGUGUUGCUUCAUUGAUGAACCUGAUAACCUCCUAAUGUAACUGAGGUGUGGUGAAUGAACUCUCUCUUUUGUUUAUGACAAGGAUGAGGAGUUUCAAGUUGGCUGAGCUUCCCCACCGAGCCCACUGACCUCUCCCCAGCACCAUGAAAAAACCACACACCAGAAACAGAGAUGACUUUAAACUGGUGCUAGAAACCAGAAGUUUAUUAUGCUAUCAAAUACGCUGAAUAUUCCUAUCAUCAGGGCUGGCCCGCCCGUAAGGCAGACUGAAGCAAACACCUCAAGCAGCAGAAACUUGCAGGGUGGCGCUGUGAGGGUGCCCUGCCCACACCUGCUGCCACCAGGGUAGUGUGGUGGCAGCUUCUGGUAAGAUCUCGCCAGAAAACUGGCUUGUUCCUGAAGAAGACAAUCAGUUGGAAUGUGCUCAGUAUACUCCACUCUACAAUAUAUGUCUCUUUACUAGCACUAGUUGGGAGCAAUCUCUUUUUAAAAUAAAAAGAGAAGAAAAGUCCCCAAACAGUGUGGUCUUUCCUAUCUUCUCCAGGAAACAGCCACCUAUUGUUGUCAAAUGGUAAUGCUGGCUGUGCCUAAGUGAAGAUAAAGACUGCUCUUUCUAUAAACUCCUUAGGUUCAAUGACAGUGACCAGACCUUUGUAUUGUUUCAGGUUUGGAGAUGUCCACGCAACUAGAACAGCUGCGUGCCAAUCAGUCCAUGCUGCUAACAAAUGGUAACCAUUCAGUUUUGCUUUUUCAAAUGGUUAAUUGCUUCUGUCUCAUUCCUACCCCUAUAUCUAGGAGUCAGCUUUUAAAGAGGGGCCUUUAAUAAUAUGUACGUACAGUUGGCUCUCUAGCCAUCCUGAUAAAGACUUUCAGGAUGGAAUGGCUGAAGGAGAGGAAAUAGGUAAAAAGGAGUUCUAAAAUUCAGGGUUACACAGCAUUCAGUCCUAUUCAGACCCAUGGAGACCAGAGGAUAUAAGUGAGUCAUGCCCAUUAAUUUCAGAGGGUCUACUUUGAGUAGAAUUCACAUUGGAUACAACCCACAAUUAUUACAGUGGUGCCUCGCAAGACGAAAUUAAUUCGUUCCGCAAGUUUUUUCUUCUUGCGAGUUUUUCGUCUUGCGAUGCACGGUUUCCCAUAGGAAUGCAUUGAAAAUCAAUUAAUGCGUUCCUAGGGAAACCGACUUCAGACCAGGUCCGGGGACAGUCUGUCCCCCGACCUCUUCUGAAGGCUGGGGGGGACGACAAGGGCUUUUCUUCCCACCCACCCCAGCAUUUUAAAAAGCCCCGGACAGCGGAGGGCUUCUCCGCUGUCCGGGCGAUCUUAAAAUGCUGGCGGGCGGCAUUUUAAAAUUGCCCGGGACAGCGGAGGACUUCUCCGCUGUCCGGGGCAAUUAAAGCCCCUGGGAAGGCAGGCAGGGGGACAAAGACUUUGCCCCCGCCAGCCUUCAGAAGAGGUCCUGGACCUCUUCUGAAGGUUGGCGGGGCGAAAGUCUUGUCCCCCACCUGCCUUCAAAAGCUGUCCAGCCAAGGCUUCGCGGACCUCUCCGCAAGCAGCGGCAGCACUGCCGCUGCUUGCGGAGAGUUGCCGGCAUGCCGAAGCCUGCGCGCGCUGAGAUCAGCGCGCCCAGGCUUCGCGGACCUCUCCGCGAGCAGCGGCAGCGCUGCCGCUGCUUGCGGAGAGUUGCCGGCAUGCCGAGCCUGCGCGCGCUGAGAUCAGCGCGCCCAGGCUUCAGCGGACCUCUCCGCGAGCAGCGGCAGCGCUGCCGCUGCUUGCGGAGAGUUGCCGGCAUGCCGAAGCCUGCGCGCGCUGAGAUCAGCGCGCCCAGGCUUCGCGGACCUCUCCUGCCUUCAAAUGCCGUCCGGGAUAGCGGGACGCGCUGCCCGGCUAUCCCGGACUGCUUUUAAAAUGCGGGCGGUGGGGAGCAAAGCCUUUCGGCCCCCGCCAGCCUUCCUGGACCUCUUCUGACGGCCGGUGGGGGGGGGAAGGCUUUGCUCCCCACCGCUAGCAUUUAAAAGAGGUCCCCGGAGAUUUGCCUAUGGGCUUUCGUCUUGCGAGGCAAGCACAUAGGAAAUUCGUUUUGCGAAGCGCCUCCAAAACGGAAAACCCUUUCGUCUAGCGGGUUUUCCGUCUUGCGAGGCGUUCGUCUUGCGGGGCACCACUGUACUUUAGUUCCUCUGUAUUUGAAGCCUAAGGUUUUACUUUCUACAGUUAUGGUUUUUCAGAACAUCCCCAUAGCCCACUUCAUUCUUUAAUUAAUUCAGUCUGUCACUAAUGAAGUAGAACUUGACAAACUCCCAAUACAAAAUUGUAUUGGGCGGGGUAGGAAGAGAUAGCAGUAAAAAUGUUAUCCACAAUAAAAAGUUAUAACCCUUUCUGUGAGGGGAGGACUAUAUUAAUGUGCAUUUGUGUGUGGGGGGGGUGCUGUCUUAAAAAGGAAUUUCUAAGUGGAGCAACAAAACUUUUUCUAAGCUAAGCCCUUCUGGACAUCUCAGUGGGCACAUUCAUGCAUGCAGGCUCAUCACACCCAAACUGCAACAUCAAGUGGCAACUUGCUUGUGUGAAACAAAUAAUCUAGGAAACAUCAGAGGUGGAGUUUUAAUGCAAUUGCCCUUCACUUCAAACACAAUGCCUCUGUCAAUGGAGGCAGUUAGUAUGUUCAUCUGCAACCAGUCACUGAGCGAUGCACAUGCACCUGUGUGAAUCAGCCGGAACGGGAGCAGUUUUAGUACUUCCAGUCCUUGCACUCCAUCUAAAGCCUGCAGAGUGCUUCAUACCUUAUGGUCUUUGCUAGUUGACUUCAUUGACAAAAGAGUGCAUUGGCAUAAGAGCAGUGUACCAUGGUCAUGCAAGGUACUAGGAACUCAUAAUGCACAGAGGAGGCAAGUUAGUUAGGCCUUCUGCGCUACUCUGCCCACCUUGAACUGAGGUAGUCUGGAUCUCCUAAGAAUGUAUUACUAGAGAAGCAGAUCUCUUUUACUCUCUGAUCCUUUUGACAAAUCGAAACUUCUCACCUCUUCAAAAAAACUGCAUGUUCCUCUUAUGUACCUCCUGAUACCCCAGAAGAACUGUUCAACUCAGAAGCAUGGCCAUGUUGCUCAACACAUAGAAACUGAAUGAGUGCCUCCUGAGUAACUGAAUUCUGUCUUUUCUAGGCUCCAAGAUGGAGAAACGGCUAGAGGAGAUUCAUUCUAGUCACUCUUCAUCUGGUAUGUAUUGACUUGGCUGUCACCCGUGCUGGUGUUCCUAUUUUCUCCCUCACUUCUCGACAAUCUCUAGUUGCUACUGACUUUCCUUCCUCCAAUCCUGACUAAGUACUGUUACGGAUGUCAGGUGACCAUCCUUCAUUAGACUGAUUGCUUGAUAGUUAGAGAUGAUUGGUGAAAUUUCCUGAAGGGCAUGGUAUAAAUCCCUAACAUAACUCAUAAAAAUAUUUUUCUCAGCAGAAGCUAAUGCUACCUUAAUAUGUGUUUCUUAAGUUUGAUAGUUUUGCUGCCUGGGAAAUUCACCUGUAUGGUGGGAUCUGAAAUCAGGAUUCUGCAGGGAUGUAUGUUGGAGAGAGUUGCUGACCUUGUUGAGUUUGGGACAGACAGAGGCAUUGAUGCUGUUGUUUUGGGUGACCUGAAGAAGGGACAAUGGUUGUGCUGCCUGCUUCAGCAGUUGAUUUUCUUCCACUAGGCUCUUUUCAUAUAUUUGUAAUAUCAGUUCUGCUUACAAAGAUACAGUAAUUUCCCAAUAUUUUCUUAUGUGAUUGCACUCAGUUCUAUGGUACUACCAUAGGACUUCUUUCUCAGCGAAGUGUAGAGAACUUAACAGUACCCUUUUGCCAAAUGCAGAGAUUGGAAAGUAGCUGUUAUCUGUGGCUUUCUUUUAGAAUCUGAGCUAAGUAAGGCCCUGAAGGCACUGGAAACUAAAUAUGAGGAGUCACAGAAGAAUGGUAAGUAUUCUUUGUUUCUGCUGGGAAAAGAAGGGAAUGGGCAGAACUGUCUUCAGGCAGGGAUAUAAGAAGGCAACAUUUUCGAUUCCAUGCUGUAUUCCUUGCACACAGCACUGCUUCUGUUCCACUGCAGUUCAUUUUCUGCCAAAAGCUAUAUUACCGUACUUGUCUCGAUGUCCACUAGGCAACAUUAUGUACUUUUAAUAAUUUAAGUAAUCAUGUAAAUUAUGUAAGUGACAUUAAAGGUAAAGGUAAAGGGACCCCUGACCAUUAGGUCCAGUCGUGACCGACUCUGGGGUUACAGCACUCAUCUCGCUUUACUGGCCGAGGGAGCUGGCGUACAGCUUCCGGGUCAUGUGGCCAGCAUGACUAAGCCGCUUCUGGCGAACCAGAGCAGCGUACAUAAACGCCAUUUUCCUUCCCGCCAGAGCGGUACCUAUUUAUCUACUUGCACUUUGACGUGCUUUCAAACUGCUAGGUUGGCAGGAGCUGGAACCAAGCAACGGGAGCUCACCCCAUCGCGGGUAUUCGAACCGCCGACCUUCUGAUCGUCAAGUCCUAGGCUCUGUGGUUUAACCCACAGCGCCACCCACGUCCCUAUAAGUGACAUUACCAUUGCAUUAUUCCACACUAUUAUUUUUAGUGUAAAGUAAACACAAUGCAAAUGCAGGAGGCUGGGUGUAAUCAUUUACAUAUUGUCUGCAGACUGAAAGAAACAACAAGAGUGCCAGUUGUAUUUGCUGGAUUGGUAUCCAUUCUGGACAUGGGAUGAAUAAGUAAAUAUUGGCAAUUUCUGCUCUUAUUUCUUUUAUCAUCAGAAUUCUCUGACAUCCCUACCCUUAGGGAAUCUCAAAAGCAGGAGUUCUUACAGAGUUUGAAUUUCUCCUACUUAAAUUUAUGGUGUGUUCCCUGUGUCAAGUCAGUAACCUGAGCUCUACUUGCCAUACUUCUCAAUGAUCAUUCUUUCUGAAUGACUGUUUCUGCAACUUUUCCUUUUCCAGACCAAAUUCACCUCUCAUUUAACUCCCCUUUCUAAUCUUUUCCCCCUAGGGAAUGAAAAGCUGCGUGAACUAUCUAGAGAGAGCAGCCGUUCCUUGGCUGAAAUUGAUAAGAUAGAGGAUGCACUACUGAAGAUUAAUGGUAAGACACGAGACUUCUUCUGCCCCUGAGCUAAUGUAAGUCAGGGAGGCAAACGGGGCAGACUGCUGUGGGCUGGACAGAGCAACACUGCGGAGAUGCCCAAUCUGCAGCCUAAUAAAGGCAGUGGAGGUGAAGGAGCAACAGGUGGUCCCACGGUGGGCAAGUGAGGAGAGAUGUGAGAAAAACUGAAACACAGCCAGAAGGGAGUCUAAAGCAGGGUGGAGCCAGAAAGAAACACUGAUAGAAGGGGAAGAGGGGAAGAAUCAAGGCAAAGACGUGAACGUGACUGCAGGCAACAGGAGGAUAGAGGGAGAGGCUGUGUACACACCACACAUGUAAACCACUUGACAUCUCCCAAAGAAUUCUGGGAACUGUCAUAUGAUAAGGGUGCUGGGAAUAGUAGCUCUGCGAGGUGUAAGCUACAGUUCUCAGGAUUAUUUGAGGGACAUUAUGUGCUUUGAAUGUAUGGUGUGUACACAGCCAGAGGUAAGAAAGCGGACAUAGAGACUGAGAAAGAAAGCAAGAAGAGCAAGGAGGGCACUGAGACAGAGAAAAGCAGCGCAACAGAAGGGAAUGUGCAAGAUGGCCACAUAGGAAAAACUAGUGGCUUAGGGAGAUAAUAGAUCCCUGGGAGCUGGUGGAAGGACUUCCAAUGUCUUAUUCCUUCAGAUACAGUGCUCACUCCUAUGCUGUGGAAAACCAGGGACAGAAAGAUCAUAUUGGCCUUGGGACCCAUAUGAUGUGAUGAUACCGUACUUUUCGCUCUAUAACACGCUCCCAACCAUAACACGCACGUAGUUUUUAGAGGAGGAAAACAAGAAAAAAAAUAUUCUAAACGAAACAGUGGAUGUAUGAUUUUUGUGGUUCAUGCUGUGGCCACAGACAUGUGAUCUGACGGUGAGUUUGGGGUAGCCCAAUGUAAAAAUCCUGAGGAUCCAUGUGGAUCCAUGUUUGUAACCACGUUUUUGCACCACUGCGGCCCCAGGCAACGUGAUUUUUUUGGUGCAAACUGUAGCCAUGGACAUGCUAUGUGAUCUGAUGGUGAAUUUGGGGUGACCCAGUGCAAAAAUCCUGAGGAUCCAUGUGGAUCUGUGCUUUGUAACCACGUUUUAAGUGGGGAGGGAAGGAAAAGCACUCAAGGGACAAGGAGCACGCGUGGGGUGGGUGGAGAAGGAUGCUGCUAAUAAUGCAGAAGAGGGGUAUAAGGGGAGAAGGCUCCUCUCCUCUCCCGCUUUGCUCCUUUAAAGCAAGCAGGCUCUGCUUCUCUCCCUCCUCCCCCCCCCCGGCUUAGCGAGCUGAAAAUCUUUCCUGCUAUUUAGCGAGCUGAGUGGGGAAGAGAGAGGGACAGAGAGCCUGCUUGCUUUAAAGGAGCCAACCGGACAGAAGCUGCUUACACUCAUGUAAGCGGCUCCUCUCCUCUCCCGCUUUGCUCCUUUAAAGAAGCAGGCUCUCUGUCCCUCUCUCCUCCUCACUCAGUGGCUCUUCUCCCGCUUUGCUGUUUCAAAGCGAGCCACGGAGGAGGGAAGGAAGGGGAACCAUGGAUCCUCUGCUCACAACUGCAGCAGAUCCCGCCCCCCCGCCAUCCGUAGGCAUUCGCUCCGUAACACGCACAGACAUUUCCCCUUACUUUCUAGGAGGAAAAAAGUGUGUGUUAUGGAGCGAAAAGUACGGUAAUUAGUGAGGGACAAAGUGACCCUGUUGUGAUUCAGAAUUGGGCAUGACCCAUCCUCUGAUUGGUCGUAACACAAAUUAAUGUGGUGGAUACAAAUUAACAUGUCAGAUUCUUUCAAGGUGAUUGGUUGUUCCAUAGUUUUGUAUCCAAACUUAAAUGGAUAGGUUCCUUUGGCAAAGCAUUACAGAGUUAUUAUAGUAAAAGUAUUCUGAGCAUAUGCAGACAAAUUAAUUUUUCUUUUCUUUGAGUAAUUAAAGGAAGCAUCAUCUGAGCAUGUUUUAACCACAUAAGCUGCAAAGGUGCAGAAAAGAGAAAAGGACUGAUAAUAAAUCUCAAUUUUAAUUGCAAACAGUUCUACGAUUUUGAUGGAUCAGAGUUAGGAAGGAUGUAGUAUGGACUGUGUGAUUACAAUUUUUGGCAGCACUGCUAAUAAUGAACAUAAACAUCUGUAGAAGGGUGUUCUGUUUGUGAUCUGGUUGUUUUAAUGUCUCUGCUAUUACAUUAUAGCUUCAACCUGCCAAGUUUGUCCAAAGGGCUGGUUGUUGAACAAAGGAUCAUGCUACAGUUUUCAAGUAAAGACUGGACCAUGGUCUCAUGCCAGGAAAGCGUGUGAGGAUGAACAUGCCCUUUUGGUUAUUAUCAAUGAUGAGGAAGAGCAGGUAAUUCAAGGUUUUUGUGAAAUUGUGACAGCCCCAUCCUAGCCACCCUCUGGGUCCCUGGGCAUCUGAGGAGGAGGAGACCAGGCCACAACAGUGUGUACUCUUUUGCUGGCACCCAUCCUUCCAAGGUUUGCGGUACUUGAGUAUCUGUUUGCAAGGCUGCCCCUUACCAAAUAGCCUCCAAAAGUUCCCUGGGGUCUCUCUGAAGCCUCUUUAUAUAGAGGGAGGUUAAUGCAUUUAGGUGUCAGGGUGUUUACAUUAAGUUGAGACCACAAUGUUUAAGAAGUGUAUCUGCUGGCCAGUGUUUGAGAAAGAGGGUGGGUUUUUCUUAUACAAUAGCAAUCUCCAAAUGCUGUGCUUUUAUUUUCCCCAUAUACGAAAAUGGCAACUCGGGGAUGCUGAGGGAGGCUAAACCUACCCACCUACUUCUGGUGAGCCCUAUGCUUAGGGUGAGUGAUAGAUUUUGCCAAUCUCAGCUAUAUCCCAGAUGUCAUUGAAUAAAUGUAAGUAAAGAGUAGGAUGGAACACUCAGAACUGGCUUUUACAUACACACAAGUAGGACUCACAACAAAAUGUUGCGGUAUGUCCUUGCCUCUUCACAGGGUGCUGCUCUUCAGACAGCCAUCCAGCCAUGCCUUCCACUGGGAUACUGUAAGCUUUUAAAGGCUCAGGCAGGCCAACUCACUAUCCCGCUCACCAACUUUGAAUUUUUCUUUCCCAGCUGGCACCCAACUUGCUGUGAUUCUGGUGCUUGAACGUCACUGGGCUUGUUGUUGUUGUUGUUGUUUUGUGGGAGGAUUUGCCCUCUUUUGGUGUUUCUUUAAACAUUUAUGUUGCAGUGAUUCAUUAAGAUUUCAAGGAGAGGUAGUUCCCAGCACUGUUAGUUACACAAUAUCUUUAAGCUUUUUAAAUGAGGCAUUGAACAUGGGCCUUUGUACCUGUAAAGCUUGUGUUUGAUACAGAGGCGUGUAGUCAGUCAUGUUUCUGGCAGUGUGAGCUUGAUGUUGCAUCUCAGCCUUACAUUUUGAGAGAACACUGUGUUGCUAGUUGUGGUAGGAUGUAUAUUCCAUAUUGUACAUUUCAACUCCGAGAAUUAAAUGUGGUUUGUGUUUCAGAGUUUUCUCGGAUUACACCUAAAACAAAAAUACUACUGGAUUGGUCUCCAAGACAUUGAAACAGAAAACAAAUUUACCUGGGUGGAUGGAAGUACUGCAACUUAUACGUAAGUCUAGCAUCAACUUUAUUCCAUUUUUAAACCCAACCUGGGUGGAAUCUACACACAUAUAAAAACCAUUCUGAAAAUGCUUUUUAAAUUUUUUCCCAUAAGGCUCACCAUCUCCAUUUAGUGUCACAUUGUAUAUUGCACUUAAAAUACACUUAAAACAUUUUAUUUGCAGCUGUAUAGCUGAGUUCUAGCUACUUCUGUGCCUAUGGGUGAAGGAGUUUGCUGACAGGCUGCUUUUGGAAGGUGGACACAUUGACAUCCCAUUGAAAGACCCUGUGUGGGUCUCGCAGCUGGGAGUCAGGGUCAGAAAUUCAGCUAGCAAGGCUACACUGGUUUUCAUUAAAAACUCAUCAAAGACUAACUGGGACCAGUAAGAGGCUAGCAUAAAGUCUCCAAACACAAGAUGACACAUUUCUUCUCUUCUUUGAUCCAAGGGGGUUUGGUCAUUCACUGCUGGGCAUCAGGGAGGGUUCGCUAAGGUCUAAGAAUCUAUCUCACUAGAACUGAUCAACUCUGCCAUUUGUUUAUUUGUUAUAUUUCCAUAUGCAGCAAGUGGAGUGCAGGGGAGCCGAACAAUUAUGGCCACGGGGAGGACUGUGUUGAGAUGACACCUAGAGGCUGGUGGAAUGAUGUUUCAUGUGGCAACGACAUAGAUGGCUGGAUCUGUGAAAAGCCAUGGAGCUGCUAGCUGUGUGGCCAGCAGGAAGAGAACUCGACAUGAGCCAAUCAUCAUGACUCCCUCGCUCUGCUCUUCAUUCUCACAGACCUUCCAACAGUCACUUCUGGCUAGUGGGUGGGCGUAGCAAUCGCCAGUACCAGUUCAUUAAAACUGAGGUGAUGAAAUCCAGCCAGUAUUACAUCAGUGAGUCAGCAGAAAGCUAGGACUCGCCAUACGAUUUUUAGCUCUUGUCCAUAACCCACUAGAACUCACUGUCUUCCCUGGGAAUAAAAGCCGGGAAAAUAGCUGGGGAUAAAAGCCAGAGUUCUUGUCUUCCAUCCUAGCCCCUCUUCCUUCUAUAAUAACAUGCUAGAUUAACCUAGUUCUCACAUUCACAAAUUCAAAACCUAAUGAAACAUUCAUUGAAAAGCCCAAUAAUUUAGCAAGUUCUCCCCCCCCCCCAGCAUAUGAAAAGGAGAGGAUGAUAUUUGAGACAGGGCCUUCUUGGGAGUGGCAUUUCCAGGCAUGAGCCAGGGGGUGGGGGAUGGGGGACAGCUGCCCCCUCUAGAUCAAAUAAAACAAUAGAAAUACUUAACUAACUGACCAAUCACAUUGGUUCUUCCCUACACUAACAAAAGUCCUGACCCCCUAACAAAAAUCCUGGCUACGCCCAUGCCUCCAGAGAGGUCUAUUUGAUCCCUACAUUUUUAUUAUUUCAUUGCUAGCAGAUCUUUUUCUCUAUUUUCCUAGGUUUUAAAAUCUGAAUUCCCUCAUGAAGCUCUUAUGAUGCUCUUCUAAGAUUU